CCAACAUUGGCAUCACGGGUUGUUGAGAGUGCAUCAUUGAUGCUUUUGUCUACGCUUGUUUUUUGUUCUCUGGAUGCGAAGGCAGGCAAGGCAAUACUACUACAAUACCGUAGACUCAGUUGAAUGGAUGAAUGGAUGAGUCUCAAUUAUUUCAUAAAAGAGACUGAAGAGUUGAAGAAGAAGACGACAAAGAAGACGAACGCUCUGUUUUGCUUUUGUGGUCAGUCCGUGCGACAAAAAACACACAAAAUCACAGAGUCGACCAGGCGGACAACAACAACAACAACAACAACAACAACAUGCCCCCUGAUGAUGAUCAUAAUGACAAUCCGAAAACCACCAAGCAAGAUGGUGACACGAAACCAUCUUUGGCUACCCCUCUUGCCGAUUUCAAGUUUCCAGAAAACCAAGAAAACAAGAAUGACAACGACAAGAACAACAAUGAAUACCCAUACCCUCCCAAAAGUCUACCUCUGAUAUCUCUCAAGGAAGGAUUGCAAAAAAAGGCCACCCCGUGGACACUCGCUUCUUGGGUCAAGUUGGCAUUGACACUGGAUGGUCGCGACAAAAUCACCAAAGUCUGCCAGUACUCGGCACGCAUGCUGGCGUGGUGGUUUGCGGGACAGACUAACCAAGUGAAACGAUUCAAGGCACUCCAAGCCAGUUUGACCACCAGCCGCAAGGCAUAUCGGUUGGGACGUUCCUUGAUUGAAAUUCAAAAGAUUCGAGACUCGGGCCUGUUGGAACUCUUCUUCUUUGAUCCAACAACAACAGCAGGCAAGAAUAUUGCCAAGGCGGACCCCGCUUGGAAGAUUAUUGGCAGUGCUUUGAAGAUUAUUGGUUUGCUGGGAUUUUGGGCGGGCGAUAACGUCAACUUUUUGACGGGCAGCGGACUCUUCGAUGACUAUCGAGUAGAAUCACAAAAAGAACGCAUCACACGGCGGAAUCAACUCAAAACAAAAGCCAGUCUUUUUGCCAAUCGAUGCUACUUUCUCGGUGCCGUGGCUGGUCUGGUCACGAGCUUGAGGGUCUACUUGACGUUUCGUCAAACGACACUCCAAGCGGCACAGGAACGACUUGUGGCGACCACAAGUCGAGUAGAGGAAACCCGUGGCAUUGAUGAUGAUGAUGAUGAGCACACCAAGAGCAAACAGUUGUGGAAUCAAGCCAAACAGGCGUUGGACGCGGCAAAAGAGAAACAGUUCUCCAUAUUUGUCACGCUGCUCAAGAGUUGUGUGGAUGUCAUGGUCUUUAGCAACAACCCAGGCAUUGACCUCCACAAAAAGUUCCGAGGAAAGAAGAAUCAUGAAGGAUUCCAUUGUGUGUGUGGGCUCAUCUCGGCCACCACUGUACUCUACAACAACUUUCCCAACGCCAAAAAGUAGAAUAACUAGUCACAACAUCAGAAUGAAUCGAAUCUCAAGGAAGCAAUGUACUUUGUAAUUAAACCUGCUUUACUCGUCGU